GGCACGUGCGUGUCGCAUUUGCUCGGGCAUCUUGUCCAGCCGGGACACCGGGCCAGGACACUACGCCCAUUGGAGAGGAAGUCAAACCUUUCGAGUGGGCUGUAAUCGGUUAGAUAGGAGGAUAAUUUUGCCAUCAACAGCGAGAAGAGAGGAAGCAAGAUACGAUUCGUCGGUGUGCUGAUACGUGAAGGACUACAUCAACAGGCAUCGUCUCGACUAUUUCUUGUCCGUCUCUGCUGUCUGUCUUCAUGCGGUCUCUUCAUGUGCUGGAAUUGCUUCAUGUGCUGGGAUUUCUUACGAACUUAGGCGGGGCCGAUGGCUUUGUUUUCCGCGCCGCGAGCACCAAGCCAGGUGUCCUGAGUUUGGGUGCUGCGAGGACUAACGACGGCAAUGGUGUUAGUAGCAAGAGCGGUGGGGCGAAAGCUAGAGAUUUGGCGGUGGCUUCUCGGCACUCAAGGUCGCCUCCUGCACAACCACUGCAGCAGGCAUGUUGCACGCCGUGGCUUGCUGAUAUCAUGGCAUCGUGGUUCAAUCUUCCUUUGCCAAACACAUCACGUGCGGGCGGGACAAAGCGGAGGUCUACGCAUGAUGACAUCCGGGCUGAUAUUCUAAAGCUCCGGGUAUCCAACGCCGAGCUUAGGGAAGAGGUGCUCGCCCUGCGCAAUUCCAUGGCCCAGCGCGGCUUUUUCCCUGUCGAUGAUGUCUUCGCGACCGCGACGGCGACAGGAGGGACGUCUGCUUCGGGCAACGGGCAACAACCCCCGACAUCCGAAGGAGGCGACCCGAAGCCGCCGGCGAAGCUCCAGCGGGAGGCCCGCCUGGCUGCCCUGGUGGUGCUGUGGGGAGCGGCGGUCGCCAUCGGGGGAGUGUUCGUGCCCAUCGCCAUCGGGGUAGGGGCGGCGCGCUCGCUGCGCUGGCUGGACGACGGCGGCACGCUCGUGCCGAAGAGGUGGAGGGGUCGCCAGCUUGGUUGGGGGUGGAGACGGGCGCGCGCUCUGAGCUUUGUGCCGGUGCUGGCGUGCCCGCCGAGCGACGGGGGUGGCGGUGGCGAGGGGCUGGUGACGGGAGAAGCUCUUGCCGAUGCCUGGGACGAGAUGUACCCUCCUCGGCAACGGUAGUACUCGCGGCAUCGCCGUGACGUCAUGAGAGCUGGCGGUUUCGCUCGUCCUGAAAAAACCAUGUCCACGUAGCGCUCUCUGUACAUAUGAUGAUCCCACGUUUAUCGGUGGAAAAAAGCGGCACAAUUAGCGCUAUGCAACGAUGCGCGUCCACAGAGCGUCUCCGAGCGACUGUCUCGGGUCUUCUGGUUUGUUGUAGUGCGGGGGGGGGGGUCGGCGCAAACGUGAGUCCGGGUCAAUUUUACGGACUCGCCAGAGGACCAUUCAGGGUCAGCACGAGUUUCUCCUGUCGUACCUGUCGACCAGACAUAUUGUAUUGUAUUCUUGUGGGAACGCAUGUCGAUGGGGCGCCCGUUGGGCGAGUCUUCUAAACGGGUUUUGUACAAAUCAUAAGUCAUCGAUGUGUGGCGCGGACACAGCAGUAGCGUGGCCUUUGGACGGCUGUGAUCGAAUCAACAUAGUUCGUUCGUAUGCUACAAUAGCUUCUCCAGCAGCCAGCGCACCUGUAUACGUGUACUUUUAUGUGACUGCGGGAAAUACUGGGGAGUUGUAGGGUUGGAUGUCCUUCUAUCUGUAUGUCUGCCCAUUGGGGCAUAGUGAGCGAGGCGAGCGAAACGGAACGCUUUUGACGCCCAAUGCUUUCCACUCUUUCUUUUCACGUCCGACAGGAUGGCUAUCGUAGCAGCAUACCGUCAGUACGCGUAAAAGCUUGGGUACACUCACGAGACAAAAAACAUACCGGGUAGGUGCUGGCGGAACACGGGUGCCAGACGAAUGUUGCCGUACAGUGUCAUAUCUGAGCAAGAUGGGGUCCGUUGUUUCUGUGGUGUUCAUGGGGGGCAUGAGCUUGUCGUUUUGGCAACGUUCACAUCGCGCGCACGUGCAACGUCCUGGUGUGUAGUGCCUUCUUACCUUUACCGAUGUUUUUUAUUCGUAGCUCGCCAUGUAGCUGUCUUGGACGUUUGUGGUUGGAUGGUUGAUGAGAUACUUUUUGGGGGAUCUCUCUCUUGGUGCUGUACCAGCUACGAGCUAGGAUGGCUCUUCUGCUAUGUAGGAAUUUUGUUUUUUCCACAGAUUUCGUUUCCAUUUCUUGCAUUUUGUUUAGGCUGGCGAUGCCGCGGUCAGACAAGGGGGAGAAAGUAUCGCGGGCUGGUUGAGAAGAAGUGGUCGGUAUUUUCCACUCCGAACAGGCAAUGAAGGCAAAGCACGGAGGGGGGUAUAUGUUCUCGAGGGGACUAGACUAAAAGUCGCAACAUUCGCCAAACAAGAUUGUGGUUCGCCAUGUGUCCGACCGAGGUUCGGGACAAUCUCCCUACCGAGUGUGUGUGUGUUCU